AUGACUAUGAUGAAAAUAAAGCAGCUGGAAGCUGACACUGAGUAUUCGGACCCCUUUGAUGCUCAGCCUCAUCCCGCACCCCCUGAUGAUGGGUACAUGGAGCCCUACGACGCCCAACGGGUCAUGAGUGAACUGCCCGGCAGAGGGGUGCAACUCUAUGACACCCCUUAUGAGGAACAGGACCCAGAGACAGCAGAUGGACCCCCUUCUGGGCAGAAGCCUCGGCAGAGCCGGAUGCCCCAGGAGGAUGAACGGCCAGCAGAUGAGUAUGAUCAGCCCUGGGAGUGGAAGAAAGACCACAUCUCCAGGGCGUUUGCAGUGCAGUUUGACAGUCCAGAGUGGGAGAGGACUCCAGGCUCAGCCAAGGAGCUCCGGAGACCCCCACCCAGAAGCCCCCAGCCUGCGGAGCGUGUGGACCCAGCCCUGCCCCUGGAGAAACAGCCGUGGUUUCAUGGCCCCCUGAACAGGGCGGAUGCAGAGAGCCUCCUGUCCCUCUGCAAGGAAGGCAGCUACCUAGUGCGGCUCAGCGAGACCAGCCCCCAGGACUGCUCCUUGUCUCUCAGGAGCAGCCAGGGCUUCCUGCAUCUGAAGUUCGCACGGACCCGAGAGAACCAGGUGGUGCUGGGCCAACACAGCGGGCCCUUCCCCAGCGUGCCCGAGCUCGUCCUCCACUACAGUUCACGCCCACUGCCGGUGCAGGGCGCUGAGCAUCUGGCUCUGCUGUACCCCGUGGUCACGCAGACCCCCUGACAGUGACCCUCGGCCCCCUUUUGAGUCCUCGGGCCCAGAAUUGUAUCCCAAAGCCGUCCCAUGGCCUAGAAAAUAAAUAAGUUAUUGUUU